CACCACGCCUUACGAUGAACAAGCCCCUCCCCCUAUCUUACAGAGGACCACAUGGCUACAGAUGAGCUACAAACUCCUCCAUUCUAGACUGUACCAGUUUCUCAGAUCCUUCACUACCAUGGCUAUAGCUAAAGGACGUCCUCCCGCUCUCACCAACCCUACACUAGUGAAAAUCAUCAAUCAAUUCUACAAAUUUGCCUCCAUUGAAGCUGAUUCCAUCAAACAUUUCCCUGGCUACGAUGACAGAAACUUCUAUUUCCGUGGUGUUCCAACUGAUUCCAAGAAAGAGGCUGAAUUCGUCCUCAAGAUGUUCAAUUCAUUACAUAGCUCGCAUGACGUGGUGGUUGGGAUAUCUGAGAUAUGGACUCACAUAGCCAGCAAAGGGUUCACUUACUCAUCGUGUUUGCGAAACUGGGAAAAAAAAGCCGUAACAUUUGUUCCGAAAUCUCUUUGUGAAGAAGCUAAUGUCUCCGGAUCUACUGAAACCUAUGCUGUUCGUAUUUUAUAUUUUGUCUCUGGCGAACUGUUUGACAGCAUUGACAAACAGUACCUCACUCCGAAGUUAAUGCGAGAGGCUGGAACCUUCCUUGGUCAAUUGGAUGCUGCUUUGAAAGAUGGAUUUCACAACACGGCGAUUGGUCAGCGUAAAAAUGUAGACUGGGAUCUCAGCCACCUUCUUCACAUGCGUAUUCACCUCCCUGCAAUGGAUAACUUAUCACGUCGAGCUAUGGUCGAGAAAAUUGUAAAUGAUUUUGAGUCGUUUGUACAGCCCAAGAUGCCAUCAUUCAGUAGGGGAGUUCUGCAUGGGGAUGCUAAUGGGAUGAAUCUCAUUGUGAAGGAGAAUGAGAGUGACGAGUACCAAAUUGCUGGUCUGAUUGAUUUCGAUGACACUGUCCUAUCGUGCCAUGUGUUUGAAAUAGCAAUAUUUCUGGCCUACAUCAUGAUCGAAAAUCUAAAUCCGAUUGACUAUCCCAGUCCUGUCGAGUUUGUUUGCACUGUGCUCCAGGGGUAUUUACAAGUUUUCCCAUUAUCUAAGGACGAAAUUAAUUGUUUGUACUAUUUAGUACUUGGUCGUUGUUGCCAGUCAGCAGUGUUGGGUGAGAUUGCAUACAAGGCUGAACCGUGGAACUCAUACCUUCUGACUACUCCAGAAAAGGCAUACAAACUAAUGGAGAUUCUUUUGGCUAUGGGAAAAGAAAAUGUGGACAUGAUAUGGGUCAAGGCAUGCUGAAUAUUGUAUCACAAACAAAUUAUUUUUGUUAUAGAUCUACUAAAAAUGCUGUAAUCUCUCCAAAUGUUUUUUCUACCAAUUCUUCAACAGGAGACUG